AUGUUUAAUACCAAAUUAAGCUAAUAUUCUGAUGAUUAAGAAUUAUAUGGAGCAAUAUAAAUUAUUAAAAAUAGUUAUAGAGUAUUAUAUAGAUAUGGUCUUGAAGCAAUGUAAAUUUAUAAUUAUUGAUUUAAGCUUAGUAGGAAUUGAAUUGAUUAUUACUAAACCAUAAACUUAGAAUAUAUGCAGCUGAGAUUUUUGAUGAAGGUACCCCUCUGUUCAUUAGACCAAAAUAUGUUUCUUUUGAAAUUCUUAUCUAGAGAAUUCUAGAACGUCUUAAUCUCAAAUUUAAACUAAUAUGUAGAAAAUUUAAUUCCGAUUUAUUCUACCUAGAGAAUCCAAAACUAUGUGACUGAGAGAAACCACCUAGUGGGCAAACCCAUAUUUAUCUUUCAGAGACAAUAUUUUGAAUGA